AUGCCGACUCUGCCAAAAACAUACAAAGCUUGGGUGAUCGCGUCGGUCGGCGCACCACUUGAGCUCCGCGACGUUGAGCUGAAGCUACCCACAGCGGGAGAAAUACUUGUCCGGGUUCGCGCAUGUGGUGUUUGUUUCACGGACGUUGCGGUCCAGAAGGGUGAACUUGGCGACAACCUCUUCCCCCGCGUUCCUGGUCAUGAGAUCGUUGGCGACAUUGUUGCCAUUGGCGAGGGAGUCCAAGGGUUCUCUCUCGACCAACGAGUUGGUGGGGCAUGGCUUGGAGGUCACGAUAACGUCUGUCGGUCAUGCCGCCGCGGCCUCUUUCAAGCAUGCAGCAAUGCUGUAUACAACGGAGCCAGCCGCGACGGUGGCUACGCGGAGUACGUCUUGCUUCGCUCAGAAGCGGCGGUCCCUGUCCCCAAAGACAUGGACCCUGCCGAGGCCGCCCCACUGCUUUGCGCGGGGCUGACCGUCUUCAAUGCGAUCCGGAAGAUGCACAUCGAGCAAGGGAACCUAGUAGCGAUUCAGGGUAUUGGUGGUCUGGGUCAUAUGGCUAUUCAGUACGCUCGGAAGAUGGGCUACAAGGUUGCCGUUCUCAGCUCCAACGCUGCAAAGAAGGAGCUGGCGCUGGAGCUCGGCGGCCACGAGUACAUUGACACCGGGUCGGAGGAUCCGGUCAAGAAGCUCCAAGCGCUGGGCGGUGCAGCGCUCAUUCUCGCCACUACUUCCCAUGGCAAGGCGGUUACGUCUCUGACAGCAGCACUGCAACCAUCCGGGAAGAUGCUCCUCCUAUCCCCAUCCGGUACCAUGGAGUUCAAUACCAACGAUCUCAUCAUGGGGACUUCCGCGAUUCAAGGGUGGCUCACGGGUAACGCCUUGGACGCUGAGGAUAGCAUCGACUUUGCCAAGACUUUUGACAUCAGGUGCAUGAUCGAGCGGUUCGCAUUUAGGGAUGCUCCGAAGGCCGUGGACUGCAUGACAUCAGGCUCUGUUCGAUUCCGCAGUGUUUUGGUAUUCAAUUAA